GACUAGCAAGACUUGCACCUCGACGGUUCCUCACUCAUUUCGGGCGUCAUGCAGCUGUCCCAGCGUUACGCGUCUCUCAGGAGUACCUCUUGCGUCGUCUUCAGACGUGGAAUGUUUAUGCUCAUAGCGCAGACGCUGGUUACAUCCAUGGGGGUCUUCGCUCAAGACGACAACAACUACCUUCAGCCGGAAUACCAGCAGUCUGGUUACGACGGUGCGGAAUACGGCGAGCCCUCUCAGCCUGUUUACCCUCCAACGCCAUACAAUUUCGGCUACGACACCGAGGACGAAUACGGCAACAAACAGUUUCACAAGGAGGAAGGCGACUCCAACAACAUCAAGACCGGAUCGUACGGCUACACGGACGCUAACGGGCUGUACCGACGCGUCAACUACGUGGCCGACGCCACGGGAUUCCACGUCACCAUUACCACCAAUGAGCCCGGCACGGCCCCCGGACGCAGCGCGAAUGCAAUCUACAACGCUCACCCCGUGGUGGUGCCACCAGUUGUAGGCCGGGCUUCAGCCUCGGGUCACGUGCUGUCGUACCUCGUCGCGCCGUCCUACCUCGUCAAGCCAGCCCCGUAUGAAUCCUUGGCCCUCGGUCACCUAGGAUACCCUGCUCAUAUUAACGGCGAGUACGGGCGCAGGAAGCGGAGCGUCGUUUAUCGGCAGUGAGAGAUGAAGAGAAGCUAACGACUUUAAGGAACGCGUGACCUUCAAUCUGAGAAGCAGCUCAAUGAACAAAAACGACCAUACGUCCAUAAUGAAAUGCUUGGUGCGCGAAGACUGUUGAGAACCGAGUAGGGUAGCCGUGUGUGUUGCCGUUUGUUUAUUCAUAAGCAAAUACAGAUGUAUCCAAGCCCUGUAGAAUGUUUUCAAGAAAGCAGCCAUGCGGUACUGUGGUCGCUUGGAUAAUGGUUCCGAGUUGUAGUUGUACAAGUACGUCACAGUACGUCGCAGUCGUAUUAGCUGUGCAAGAUGAAAAAAAAAAAAGACGCAUAUCGUAGUUCGGUCGAGUGUUCAUGACUGCAGGAGCCCUCACAGCGUGUCUUUGAGCGUUGCUGGCGUUGGAUGGAAACCGGCACAUUCUCAAGUCUUUAGGAAGUUUAGAAUGAUAUUGGUGUGGCAUUUCGCAGGCCACAUGAAGCAACAUGCCUAGGUGCCCAGCAUGUCGGCAUGAAAAGCUGUGUCAGGGUAGGGGAUAAUCACGCCCAUGGCAAGUAGGGUAUGCUGCAAUAUACUGACUGCUCUUCUUUAAUAAACCACAGCUACCGAAAAAACAUGGUCGUACGCUGUACAAUCAGUGCCAUCUAAUAUAAAUGUUUCCAAUCAUUCAUUUCAACAGGCACGAUGUAUAAUUCAGAGAAGUUCAGUACAUCAAUAUGCUGACUUGUUAAGGUGAACGCAAUAAAACUGUCACUAUUUUGGUUUUUACUGCAACAGCUUAGCCGCCUCAAGCACCAAAGAGUAUUCAAUAGUGGUGAAAACCCCUAAAAAAAAUUAGACACUACUUUAGCUGCGCAUUAUAUGUGGUCUGAAUUAUCUCAUCAAAAUUAAUACUUCCGAUCUCACGUUUUUUUUACGCUCUAAGGCAAGACCACAGCGAAAUUGUCAACAACUUCACUCUUGUCUGGAUCCCGUUUGUUAAGAAAAACUGGCAGCUUCUUGGGGCACUAUUUUUGCUCAAGUGCACACCGGUAAACGCGCAAAGAUAGAACGGCGUUGGUGCAUGGCAUCGUUCAUUAUGUUUGUUCGAAGAACAUCUCUUUUAGCCCUAUAUAAUAACAUAUACGCUGUCGCAUUAUGCUUUAGUACAGGUCAUUGUUGCUAAUAUAGUUCCUCUCUGUACAUAAAAAUAAAUGGUCAGUACUAGUACUAAUUUGGGCACAUGAAGAUUAUUUAGACGCUGAGUAAUAAUCUCCCAAAUGUACAUGUAUCAUAGCAUGUAAAAUAGCAAAGUUGUCACCCCCUACUCACAACGCAUGACAGAAACUGAAUUCGCCACUGUGACUUCUGUUAGGCAAUGCCUGUACUGCAAUAAAGAAGCACGGCAUCGCGAGCUUUAUUCACCAAAGAAAAAAAAACUGAUUCUGGCUGUACCUAAGUUUUCAUAUUUUUUGAAAUAAAUAUUGCUGAUAUAUUUGAAAA